GGUAAAUUACAUAAACGCAAAAGAGCAAACUAGAUUAAACUCUUCUUCUUCUUCUUCUUCUUCUUCUUCUUCUUCUUCUUCUUCUUCUUCUUAUUCUUCUUUUCUUUGUAAGCGGCAACCGUUAAUGUUCAACUCGGAUCCUUAACCAAAAAUGGAGAUUGAGGAAUUACCUUGUGAAGAACAUCAUCAGAUUUUAGACGUUCACAUUGCCGGUAGUUCAUACCCCCCUUUUGUUCUUUCCUUCAAAAACUUAACUUACGAUGUCAAAGUUAGCACCAAAUCUGGGUUUCCCUUUCGUUGGAAGAAACCAAAUGUUUCUUCAGGAAAUACAACAAAGAGCUUGCUCAGAGGCAUCUCAGGUGAAGCGAAAGAAGGCGAAACAAUGGCGAUUUUAGGUGCAAGCGGGUCGGGUAAAUCGACCCUGAUUGAUGCGCUUGCAAACCGGAUUUCAAAGCAAAGCCUCAAAGGCUCCAUCACUUUGAAUGGGGAGGUCUUGGAUUCCGACGUGUUGAAGGUGAUUUCAGCUUAUGUUAUGCAAGAUGAUCUUUUGUUUCCGAUGUUGACAGUGGAAGAGACGCUCAUGUUUUCGGCCGACUUCCGGCUUCCUAGGUCGGUUUCCAAGUCGAAGAAGAAAGCUAGGGUUCAAGCUUUGAUCGAUCAACUAGGGUUGAGAAAUGCAGCAAAGACUGUGAUUGGCGAUGAAGGUCAUAGAGGUGUUUCGGGAGGUGAACGAAGGCGAGUUUCAAUCGGUAUCGAUAUAAUUCAUGAUCCAAUACUAUUGUUUCUCGACGAACCGACUUCUGGGCUCGACUCAACUAGUGCGUUCAUGGUUGUUAAGGUCCUUCAACGAAUUGCAGAGAGUGGAAGCGUUGUAAUAAUGUCAAUUCAUCAACCAAGUUCGAGGAUUUUAGGACUCAUUGAUCGCUUGAUAAUCUUGUCACAAGGAAGAACAUUAUAUAGCGGUUCUCCAUCGAAUCUCCCACAGUUCUUCAGUGAUUUCGGGCACCCAAUUCCAAACAACGAAAACCCAUCCGAGUUCGCUCUUGAUUUGAUCCGUGAACUCGAAGGAACUUCCUCAGGAACCCAGAUUUUAUUCGAAUUCAACAAGUCAUGGAAAGCUUCAUCAAUGGAUGAUAAUGGCGGCGAUGAUACUAUUUCCAACAGACGAUAUACUCUUCCACUUAAAGACGCCAUAGCCAAAAGCAUUUCUCGUGGAAAGCUCGUCUUUGGCGGCAAUGGUGCCAAUCAUUCAUCAUCAGUUCCAUCUUUUGCCAAUCCAUUUUACAUCGAACUGAUGGUACUGUCAAAACGAUUGUUAACAAACUCGAGACGGAUGCCGGCGAAGUUCGCAGUCAGAUUAGGGACGAUAAUUGUCACCGGAAUCGUCCUCGCCACCAUGUUUUGGCAGCUGGAUGACUCCCCCGCCGGUGCUCAAGAGCGGUUAGGUUGUAUAUCCAUUUCCAUCGCCACAAUCUUCUUCAACUGUAUUACCGAAGUUCCCACUUUUAUUCAAGAACGAUACAUUUUUAUGCGAGAAACCGCAUACAAUGCUUAUAGACGUUCUUCGUACGUUCUCGCUCGUUCUUUAACCCACAUUCCAUUACUAUUCAACCUUUCGGUCACCUUGUCGUUGAUAACCUUUUGGACCGUCGGCCUCGCCGGCGGCGUCCCCGGUUUUUUAUUCUUCUUCGUGACAAUUCUCGCCUCGUUUUGGGCCGGAAGUUCGUUUGCGGCGUUUAUUUCAGGACUAAUCCCCGAUGUCUUCCUUGCCUUCGUUAGCGGCAUCGCCAUUGUCUCCUACUUCCUCUUCCUUUGUGGCUUCCUUGUGGCUCGAGAUCGGUUACCUAAAUACUGGCUAUGGUUUCAUUAUAUCUCAUUGGUUAAAUACCCAUAUGAAGCUAUCUUGCAGAAUGAGUUCCUUGAUCCAACGAAAUGCUUUGUUUUGGGCGUUCAACUCUUCGAUCAGUCGGCACUUGCAACUCUGCCGGCGCCGGUGAAAAGUGAGCUUUUGAAGAGCUUGGGGCGUGUCGUGGGGAGGAAUAUAACGAGCUCAACGUGUUUAACAACGGGGAAAGAUAUUCUAAAGCAGCAAGGGAUCGUGGAGUUAAGCAAAUGGAAGUGUGUGUGGGUUACAGUUGCAUGGGGCUUUUUCUUUAGGAUUUUAUUCUAUUUAACAUUGUUGCUUGGGAGUAAGAACAAGAGGAAGUAAAGAGGCUAUGUUACAAUCUGGUACUCAUUGCAGGCAAUAAUAUUUGAUGAAACUCGAAGCAUAAAAA